AUGUUUAGACAACAAGCCAGCAGAGUUUUCGCUCAAACAUCAAGUGCCAGAUCUGCCGUCGCACAGCAGAAGAGAUGUUUAUCUAUCCACGAGUACGCUGCUCAAGCCAUGCUCGCCAAUGGCCAAGUCAACACACCAAAAUCUAUCCCUGCUUUCAGCGCUGAGGAGGCUUUGGCUGCUGCAAAGAAGUUUGACAAGAACGAGCUCGUAAUCAAGGCUCAAGUUCUCGCUGGUGGUCGUGGUAAGGGUCACUUCAGCAACGGUCUCCAAUCUGGUGUCCAUCUCAUCGAUUCUCCUGAAAAAGCUCAAGAACUCGCUUCAAAGAUGAUCGGAGCCAAGCUCAUCACUAAGCAAACGGGUGAAGCUGGUAAGCUCUGCUCAGCAGUUAUGCUCGCUGAGCGUCGCACUCCAAAGAAGGAAUACUACGCCGCUAUCCUCAACGAUCGCUCUUCUCUCGGUCCAGUCCUCGUCGCCUCCUCAGAAGGUGGUAUGUCUAUAGAAGAGGUCGCCAGAGACACCCCAGAAAAGAUUGUCAAAACUCCAAUCGAUUUCCAAAAUGGCUUGUCACAAGCUGAAGCUUUGGAUGUCGCUAAGAAGUUAGGCUUCUCUACCGAAGAUGCUAUCAAGCAAGCCGCCGGUAUCUUCCAAAACCUCUACAAGAUCUUCAAGGAGAAGGACAUGACACAAAUUGAAAUCAACCCUCUCGCUGAGACUGAGGAUGGUGCUGUUUUGGCCAUGGAUGCCAAGUUCGGAUUCGACGAGAACGCUGAGUUCCGUCAAGAGGAAGUGUUUAAGCUCCGUGACACAACACAGGAAGACCCACAAGAAGUCGAAGCUGCUGAGCACGGUCUCAACUUUAUCAAGCUUGAUGGUAACAUUGGAUGUCUUGUCAACGGUGCUGGUCUUGCCAUGGCAACCAUGGAUGUCCUCACUCAUCAGGGCGGUAGUCCUGCCAACUUCCUUGACGUUGGUGGUUCAGCUACCCCAGCAGCAGUUAAGAAGGCAUUCGAACUCCUCUUGACUGAGAAGUCAGUACGUGCAAUCUACGUAAAUGUAUUUGGUGGUAUCAUGCGUUGUGAUAUGAUUGCUGAAGGUAUCAUCAAAGCCACUAAAGAACUUGACUUGAAGGUACCUUUAGUCGUACGUCUCCAAGGUACUAAGUCGGAAGAAGCCAGAAAACUCAUCUCGGAAUCUGGACUCAAAAUCUUUGCUACUACUGGUCUUGACGAGGGUGCAAGACUUUCUGUUCAAAAAGCCAAUGAAUAUGCCGCAUCAAACUAA